AUGGCCUAUCAGCCGCUGAAGUCAGACCAAAAGCUGAGCAGCAUUUAUGUGAAACGUGCCACGAAGGAGUUGAACGAGGAUCCGAAACAAGUUACAGCCCACCUUGCAAGUCUUCGCCGAUGGCUUUCAUCUAUGCCGCAUCUGACCUGCCCCAGUGGUGAGUUUUGAAAGUUACACAUCGUAAGGGUGGAUGAUGAUUCAAAAUGUCCUGAUAAAUGGCCUGUACAGCGCAGGCCAUGUGAGAGGUUAUGAGAAAAAUAUCAAACACUUGACUUUUUUAUGCAAUUAACUGGGUAUCAACAAACGCCUUGUCCUAGUUCUUUUGCAGUUUUCUUCAUUUCUCACACUUUGCCACAAUAUUGUUUCUUCGGCUUCGUUUGCCACAGCGACACUGUUGGAUUUGCACUUUCUUAUUAUGGUGCAUUCGGAAAAAUUCGGUGUCGUUCCAACUUUAAGGCAGAACAUUCUUUUUUUACAUCAACAUCUGUGUGAAACAUAUCGAAAUCUUGAAGGAAUGCCCAUCAUUGGCCCUAAUCUGUCUGCAAAUAUAGUUCAGCCCAGUUUGGAACCUAACCAUUACUUGGAUAAGAGCACAUAUUUUUUGCUCCGUCUAGAUGACACUUUUCUUCUGGCUUUUCUACGACAUGCAAAAUUCAGCCACUCAAAAGCCCUGAAGAGGAUCGACAAUUUUUGCACAUUCCGUACAUCCGAGAAAGAGGGCUACCCUUUGCUGUUUCAAGCGGACGACUCUGACUUUGACUCCUAUGAGCGGAUGCUCGAUAUGAAGUAGGCAACUAAAAAAUAUUUCCGAAUUUCAUCUGACCUUCUUUUUUUUAUUUGUAUUGUUUUGCAUUUCUUUCCAUUGCCCUGUUUGUAUUUGUGGACGCAUUCUUCAGUUGACUGCAAAAUCAUUAGUGUUUGCCUUCAGUAUGCACCGCGGCCCAUAAAACACUGCCCAGAGUGUUUCUACGUGUCUCCAACUAAAAAAUAUCAAAUUUUAAUCGUUGCGAAACAGUUUGGUAGAGAAGAAAUUAUGUUAAGUAGGUUCCCACAUGCAGCAUGAUGGCUUUCUGCCAUCCGUAUAUUAAACACUUUUAAAGGCAGCACUCAUGUUGAAUGCCUUCUUUCCACUUGUUGUCAAUGUUCUCACGGACUCAGUCAAAUUUACGAAAGUAAUGCACAUAAAAUCUAGGAAGCGAAAUACUUGAACUUCAGGUAUACGCAUUGGUAAGGGAGAAGGCUGCUCGAACACCAAAAUCAUUUGCAUAUUUAUCUGAGUUCUCGAACUCCUGCAGGAAUCCAUCAUCAGAGGUAGAAGCAGCACCAGAACGGUGACAGUUCUUUGGGGUAUUUUUUGAUCAAAGAUCAAUGCGCAGGCCUGGAGGUGAUUGCGCGGGCUUCUGUAUGCCGGCGGUAAAUCGAUACAUCGACUGGCUGGGUUCUCGUCCGAGGCCCAGGCCUCAAUCAAAUCGCGGUUACUCUUGUCUCCCACGUGGGUGAUUGUCUUGGUGAUUGCGAAGUUAAGCCCGUGACCCGUUUCGAAGCUGUGGACAGUCAGCCGUCGCACAGCCUGCUUUACUCACGUGCGUUCGAUCCGAGCAAGCGUCCUGUCUGACUUGUGGAAUUACAAGAACAGAAUUGCAAGCACUGAAUACGAUAAACUACAUCAGACUGCCCCCGGUGAUUCGGCCGGUCCUUGAUUUUCAUAGUCCUGCUGCGGAUAGUAUUACUGGGCUGGUAAGCAGUUCCAGCACCUAGUCCGGCAGCAAUACGCUCAGUCGCCCCUGAAACGUCCUUUACAUAUGGCAGAGCAUGCCUAAUCAUCCGUUGGUUUGUGGGGUGGCGUCCCCGAGAGCGAACAUAUAGGCAUCGACCUCUAAACGCCUUCGAAUGGUCAAUCUGCAUACAUCGGUCGGGGCGGUAUCGGGACUGGCGCGCUUUUAUCUUCUAAGUUGUUCGGACCCGUUUGAAGCGUGCUGUCACACAACUUCGUUUGUGAGCUACCAGACGCCUGUUGUGGAAAAUGGGAAGCCGUGUGGUCGCCUAUCCUGCUACUGCCUUUACCUCUGACGACAGAGUCCUGCAUGAGUUCGGAAGCUCAGACAAACAAAUAACUGCUUUCGAUGUUCGAUCAGCUUUUUUCCUCUUAAAAUCUAUUUUGGGCCUAUUUUAUGGAAAAUACGGCGUAUUCAGGUGUGGUAGCUAGAUAAACGGGUGUCAGUUUUUAAAAGCCCUCUGUUGAUGCGACUAGUUCAUUUUUUGACAAGAAAUCAGGUCCCUUGUCGUUGUCGGUAAUGCCAUUCUGCCUAUAUCAUACCCGGCUGUGCGGCUGCUAGUUGGACUCGAGAGAGAGCCCGUAAGGCACAACGGAACGAGUGAGUUCUGUACGAACGAUCGGUGAGCGCCCCCUAUCAUUGAAAACAAGUAUGUAAACCGAUUGCUCUAUGUUCAAUGACCUCGGAUAAUAAAAACACAAAACUUACUUUUAAUACAAAACCGUUUCCAGAAUCGCUUUUAGCUUUCAACACUACUGUCCCUUCUUCUACUUCAGAACAGUCACGCCCCUCGGAUUCGCAGACAACGGAGCAUUCUGCCUCCUGGUCAAAAUGGGUAAUGCGAUUUUUGAGCAAACUUUUACCUUUCCUGUCUAGCCAACUUUGAUGUGGACCUCGUGACAGCUGAAAAAGUGAAACAGUUUAACCAGCUGUUCAAUGAUCACCUACUCUACGAUGCACGAGUUCAAAUUGGAGGAAUGGGUUUGGUAUUGGAUUACACAGGAUUGAGUGUGAAACAGUCGCAUGCAAUGUUCAAACCGAAAGUUAACAAGCUAGAAACAAAAUAUUACCAGGUAACUAUAGUACUGUUUCUUCGGAGUAAAAAGACUUUUAGCUUCUCAUAACCGUGCAGCUAUUGCCGUCAGCCUCUACUCUACAAUGGAAAAUUGCAGUUUAUCACAUAUACUUUCAUGAGAGGAAUCGAAGUACUGAUGGAGGACUUUUAUGAACCAUUUUAAGCACCCUAGAGGUCUGUUUCCCGGGGGUCAUGUCCAGGGGAAAGUUGAUAUGCGUCCAAAUAAGUUGAUUAGGAGUUGAUGUGUUGGGAGCUCCCUACUGUCUCUGGAGGCUUUCUGAAGCGCCGAAAAAUAAGAACUUGACUUCCAAUUUCGAAAAUGUCGGAGCACUGUCAACAGGCUACCAUGUCGGCAGUCACGGCGGAUUGUAUAUUUGAGUCCAACUACAGUCAUAUUACUACUGUCCAGCGCGGAGGCUGUUAGUAGGCAAACGCAGCCAUUUUCCUGGACGUCCUUCUGCACUAAGCUGCCUAAGCAAGUCACCUCCUACAAUCCUAAAAUGUAUGUGUAACCCCGCCUAAAGUAAAUCAUUUCACGGAUGGAAGCGAAUAUGCGAAUCCCAGGUUCUUGUUGUAAAGAAGAUGAAGACCCGAUCUCUGGGACAGUGGGUUUAUUAGUCUGAGCUUUCGGUCUCGUACAGGAGGCCAUCGUCAGAGACUGUGAGAAGGUAACAUCAAAUGAGUGGUUUUUGUAGUCGCGCCAUGAAGGGGGGGGGGAUAUGAAUGCAGAGGGUGGUAUUCGCGAUAAGUUGCGUCCCACGCCGUCUCACGGUGACGUGACUGCGUGCACCCUUGGCUGGAAAUUGGGUCUCGCCCCUUGGCCGCGGGAACGGAGCGCGUGAUAGCAGGGGGGGGUAUAUCAACGUGCCUGUUGAUAGCGUUGGUGUCAGACACCUAGGCCUCUAACAGUUCUCGUCCUGUCUUAUUGCUGGCCCGCGCCACUAUCCGCGUGCUCGCAAAGUUGAAUUCGUGGCCUUCCUCCAGGGUGUGAGUGGCGACCUGAGACAACGGGUCGCCUCUCCGGACCGCCCGUUUGUGCUCCGUUAUUCGUGAGCUAAGUCGUCGUCCGGUUUGUCCAGUGUAGUGGCGAAGGCAGUCCCGACAUGGGAUCUGAUAGACGACGCCCGAUUGUUCACCCACGUCUAGGCGAUCCUUCACUUGCACUCAUAUCUCCCCCCCCUUCAUGGCGUGACUACAAAAACCACUCAUUUGAUGUUGCCUUCUCACAGUCUCUGACGAUGGCUUCCUGUACGAGACCGAAAGCUCAGACUAAUAAACCCACUGUCCCAGAGAUCGGGUCUUCAUCUUCUUUAAAUCAUUUCAGUUUCGGGAGCAUACUGAGUGCUCCGUGACCUAUAUGAUUGCUGAUCAGGCUGGUCGGUAUUGACAGUUCACUUUUUAAAAGUGGUAAUUUUGCAGUCAAGGCUACUGGCAGGUUGUUUCACGGUCAAUGGUACCUGUCACUGAGCGCACACCUUUUCCUUCGAGGGUGUCCUAAUCAUCUGAUUGGUGAAAGUCAGCAACCAAUCAAUACGCAUGCCUGUUCACCGUCAUUACUUCGAUGUACAGCAUGCCUCCGAAACUCAAGAAGACUUGAACGAAGUAUUUCGCAUUGCUAUCAAUUAGAAAUGUUCCCUCAGGUGUUGCUAUAAUAUCGAUUAGCAUAGCAUCUGUUCUCUGAUGUGAUUAAGUAUUUUCCAACCACUUGUACAAAACUAUGCUUGAUUAAGAGCCGUUACUUAAGUAGUGUCUAUUUCUCAUCUUAUUGCCGAUGUUUAUAUAAUUUCAAUUAUAUCCCCUUGAAGGAAUGCAUGUACAGUAGAUGUGCUAACUCAUGAAAUGUCAACCAAAAUUUCGAGAUGCGUUCUCGUUUCGAAAAGAUCAAUUAAGUAGUGUUGUAAUACUAAUCAUGAUGCAGCAUAAAUCUAUAAUGAUCCAGUUACCUCAGGGUGUCGGCUUUCGAAAAAAACUUAUUUUCGCCUGCGAGCUAGAUCUAUACUCUGCAAAAAAUGACUACUUAUGUAGUAUGCAAUUUUCUCAUUGAUUUUCGAUGUCCUUGAAAAUUCAGUUAUAUUGCAUGAAAAACAUGCAUAAAAAUAUUCAUUCUUUUACUUAUUCGGUAGAAAAUCACGUCUUCUCCCAAGUUCAUACUCAAUCAAAGAUUAUAAUCCGGUUUUUAAAAAGUUUCUAAUUGUGAGAUUUUUUAAUACCGUUAAAUGGCCGUUCAGGAAACGUCAUGUAUCUGCAUUUACGAAUGUGGCUUGUAAAGUUGACAAUAUUGCUCAAAUCCACUGCUUAAUUUUAUGAACCCCAUAUGGUCUCCUCUUAACACCGUAGAGAAAUGCAUGUAAUAUUGUUAACUUUACAAGCCACAUUCGUAAACGCAGAUACAUGACGUUUCAUGAACUGCCAUUUAACGGUAUUAAAAAAUCUCACAAUUGGAAACUUUUUUAAAACCGAAUUAUACUCUUCUUUUGAGUAUGAAACUUUAAGAAGACGUGAUUUUCUACCGAAUAAGUAAAAUAAUGAAUAUUUUUUGCAUGUUUUCCAUGAAAUAUAAUUGAAUUUUCAAGGACAUCGAAAAUCAUUGAGAAACUUGCAUACUACAUAAGUAGUCAUUUUUUGCAGAGUAUAGAUCUUGCAUGCAGCCGAAAAUAAGUUCUUUCGAAAGCGGACACCCUGAGGUGACUGGAUCAUUAUAGAUUUAUGCUGCAUCAUGAUUAGUUUUACAACACUACUUAAUUGAUCUUUUCGAAACGAGAACGCAUCUCGAAAUUUUGGUUGACAUUUCAUGAGUUAGCACAUAUACUGUAAGUGAGAGUUGUCUCAUUCCUUUUGUACGUCUUUUUGAAUGCUUUGCUUUUGUGGGGGGUGUAUUUCGUUUUCGGUAGACGCGCACACAAUUAUUCCUGCAGCCUGAGUACCCACAGUACCUUCAGAUCAUUCGCAAUUGUGCUGCCGUUUGCUGCAUUUUUCGAGCACUGAAGGGCUCCAUCCUGUGAUUAUGUCCAGCGACAUAAAUCUGCCCUAGAUAAAGUAUACAGUAAUUCAUUUCGGAGGUUGGAGAGGAACCGAAAACGCCGACUGUGUUCCCAAUUCUUGGUGAACUUGCUCUGAAGACCAAUCUUAUCAGUUUUCAGACACAAAACUUGACGACAAUUGAUUUCUUAAGAAAUGAGAAUGAGAAGCAACAUUUUGGCCAGACAUGGAAAUAUGGGCGCCAUGUUUUGCAGGUGGACUUGCGCUGAAUUCCAGGGGGACUAGGGUUAGGUUAAGGUCAGGGCUAGCGUUACGGUUGGGAUUAAAGCUAGCGUUAGUGCUAGAGUUAAGGUUAGGAUUCUGGAAUCGGAACCGCCCUCGAAUUUAGCAAAUGACCACUUGUAGUACUGGAGAGGUCCGUAUUCCCGUGUCCGACGCAUAGCUUGCCCGCCACUUUCGGGGAACCCUGCUUGAUUUAGGUGAACAUUGAAAGAUGCUAUGAUUCCCCCUGCAUAAACUGACUUUCUUUUGCAGAGAGGGAAUUACAGGGGCAGCCGCAGAGGCUUCCGAUCAAAAACAAGCCUUCUGAAAUGAUUUAACAAACUGGCGACUUUGUCUGCUGCCAAACAACUUCGUAACUCCACUCGAGCAAUUGCUUCUAUUUGUAGACAAUUUAAGUUUUCUAUAUUUGGUGAAUUUUGGCGUCUACUAUAGUUGAUAGGAAGACAUAAUCACAAACCGCCACCGACAAAGACGCAUUAACAUGAAGCAGAAACAGUGUCUAUGAGUAGAAGGUAGCUUCAUCUGUAAAUUAAAUGUUUGACGUUUUUUAAGAGAAUUCCUGUUGGAUAUAAUCGUUGGCUUCCAGGGGUAAAGCCUUCUUGCAUCUGUAUGCAGUGAGAAAACCAUGUUGUAUACCGGCGAAUGAAGAAUACUUGUCUCUCAUUUCCAGUAGACAGUAAUCUGACUUUGAAUCGAUAACUGAUGCUGUUCACAAUACUACAUACACAAACAUGCAUUUUAUUCACCCUGUUAGUAUUGACAAGGCUUUAGAGGAAGGACUCUGAAGUAAUGAGAAGGUAGCUAUUAAAAGAGGCAUACUAACUUUUGUUCUUAUUGUUGACUUAAGGAGGCGUUUCCAAUUCGAGUAAACAGGAUGAUAUUCUUCAACAUGCCGUCAUUUUUUGAUGCCACCUACAAGCUGGUCGAACCCUACUUAAAGGAGAAAAUACGAAGCAGGGUACGUUUUGCAGUCAUCUGCGAAAACACUUACAUAUGCAUGUUUUACAAUGUUAAGAAGGUUGCUCUGACGAAAAUAAGUGGUUAUGUCAGUUUAAACUUCCUUAGCCAAAUAUCCAACAAUGUCGCUCUAAGUAGUUGAGUCUAAUAUUGUGAAUUUUGAUACAACACAUGAUGAGGAUAGGGUAUGCAACCCCUCCCCGCGGGUGUUUAUUCAAAAGACCACCUUCUUGCUGUAUUUAGGUAGGUGUGGUUCAUAACGGUUUGCCCGACAACAAGUCGCAAAAGGGGAUAUGCGAUACGCGGUUUUUGGCCUUCACUAGCGCUACUGACGUUAAAAUUGCCCAUGUCGGGAACAAGGUUAAGAUUAGUGUUAGGAGUUGGCUUAUUCUCUAGGCUAGGAUUCCCUUUGCAAGAGGUCUGGCUGAUCCAUGUUAUCCCGCGAGCUUCCCACGUCGUGUGUUAAUGACGCUGGAGCCUUUACUAAAGUAUCUUCUGCAAGCACAGAAAUUUACCUGUAUUAGAACAUCCCCAAGGUUUAAAUGCGCCGUCCAGCAGUUUAACCUUGCAUUUUGGGUUUUUCACAACGCUUUUAACAGUUGUGCGAAUGGACGGCGAAAAGUAAAGAGAAUUUUGUACUGGAAUAGUACAGCGCAAUCGACAGGCUGUUUGCAUUAACUAACCUUUAACGGUUGGCUAGGAAAGCAAUCACAACAGAUACCGCGUAAAGGCUACUAAAAAACCGCUUGGUUACCAACGGCAAUUAGAAUUUUUAUAACUGAGCUUAAGGACAAUUCAACACAAUUUUUAAUGAAGCCGUUUUGUUCAAAACCUCGCGUUGCUUUCGAUUUGGCGAUGCCCUUAAAACUUCCUCAGAAUUCAUCAAGCCCAUAGGUGGACUAUUACGAAUAUUAUUUCUCCAAAGUCUCCCAACUCAGUUUUCUACCAAUAAACUUUUGCAGAGUAAUACGAGUUUUGUUUACUGAACUUCCUCAGAUGACCCUCGAAAUGCAGCUACUGUCCUGGUAAUGCAUAUUUCCUGUUGUUUUUUUUUCAAGUGCUAAAACUCGGAAGGUAUAAUUUAGCUCCUUUCUUACAAUGGUAGGGGGGCGCUCACCGAUCGUUACGUUGUGCCUUAUAGGCUCUCUCUCGAGCCCAACCAGCAAACGCACGGCGGCGCAUGAUAUAGGCAGAAUGGCAUUACCGACAAAGACAAGGGAGACUGGAAUGGUCAUUUCUGGCUUAUUAGCGGUCGUCAGCCAGCCAUACCCAACCCCGAAGUGUGAAACACCCGAGGCUCGAACUCGCGAUCUGUUAGUUAGAAGUCCACGCCUCUAACCACUGGGCCACGAGCCCGUUGCCUUGUCGCUUUUCGAUCGGCAAUAUAAAAUGUUAGGGGGCGCUCACCGAUCGUUCCUGCGGAACUCACUCGUUUGGUUGUGCCUUAUAGGCUCUCUCUCGAGCCCAACCAGCAGCCGCACAGCGGAGCCUCGGGUGUUGCACACUUCGGGGUUGGGUAUGGCUGGCUCACGACGGCUAAUAAGCCAGAAAUGACCAUUCCAGUCUCCCUUACCUUUGUCGGUAAUGCCAUUCUGUCCUUUCUUGCAGUUAUUAUGUAGCGCGCUUGUUGGAAAUAACAGCUGAAGUCAUGAAGUAUUUGUUUUCAGCCAAAUUGCAUACUUAACAUUUAUUUUGCAAAAACAGCCUCCCACUGUCCACCUCCCUAUCUCUUCGAAUUAGUUAAUCUUGCAUCGGGAAAAAGUGUCCUGAUCCAUAGUUAAUAGGCUAUACUGAUAAUUAUGCUCACAUUUAAAUUUAUUUCGAUAAAAAGUUUUUCGAACGAAAGUAAGCCAGAAACACAAUCUCCUAUAUUGUGCAACCAAGUCAAGAUGAAAUUGUUUCUUAAUAUUGCAGACAGCUGUAAACAAGAAUUUCAUAACUGAAGACGGUUUUCUAGCUGUGUGGGUUUUGUGUUUUCAAUGGGAUUUAACGUCGAAAGCUGAUUUUUAGUUUAAAAUGUUGUCAUUUUAUCAACUGCAUGUUUUGGGUCGAUGCAAAUUCCAAAAAACGAUACGAAUAAAUUACAGAUUUAGCAUUUAGAGAGAAAAAUGUGACUUUGGAAAACUAUGAGGACUUAACAAAAAUCAUGCUGGUUGUUGCGAACUUGCUUCUAGCCAUGCUGUCAUAAGUGGCUUGGAAAACGCUUAAUAGAAAAGUUAUAUUCCACCUUCCAGCAGUUGUUAUAAGACUGUGGCCUGUGUCGAAUCCCUAUAAAACUGAAUGGCAUCGUUAAAUGCAAGCAGGAACUGAGAAAAUGCCUAUAGCAGGUCACGGCCAAACGCAACCUGAAAGCAGUUUAUUUGCCUUGGAAUGCUAGCCUUCUGUUAAAUAGGCCAUGACACGGAAACUACUGCUGCAUCAAUACUCUGCAUUUGUCCAUCUCUCUGCACUUCACACAAAAUCCGGCUAGGCUUCGUAGAGAGAUUUCAAAAAUGUAUUGACGACGACUGAGUAUCUAGACAACUGAGUUCCGGCUCCAAAAGAAAGAUUGAGAGUCAGGAGAGCGGGUCAAGUAUCCACAAUGCCAGUAUAUGCCUUUGUCAGCUGAAGUGCAUGGAGCGAUUGAGCCACGCAGCCCGAUAUGUGACAGUUGUUUCUUCAUUCGCAUCCACUUGUCCUUCAAGCAGCAUGAUUCGGCAAGACAGCAUCCACGUCUAUGGGUGAUACCUACACUAAAUGCGAUGGUGCUAAGUUGUACUGGCCUAUACACCUCUUAUCACACACUCCGCAAAGCGCCAAGCCCUCGGUAACUCCUUUGAUUUGCCGGCAAGAUCCUAUUUCGUAGUCGUGCCUGUUAGGGGUUAGGGUAAGGAGUUUGGGGUUAGUGGUUGGGGUUAAAAGUUAGGGGUCAAGGUUGGGGCUUGUCUACCGCAGGUACGGCUACGAAAUAAGAUCAGACCGAUUCGCCCUCUCUGUGAGACAAUACAGAGACACCGGUUUAUACAAGUCGAAUCACAUUCUCAACUUCAACGAAGACGAACGCUUCGCAGUAGGCGACGAUAACUGAAUGCGCUGUAAGCGGAUCCAGUCAUUGUCGUCUGGUUCAUAGCCAAACGAUAAACGGGGAAGACAUCUCCCUGACUAUGCAGCACUACUACUCUGUUUGGGCAAUUUAACUAUUCUUACCGGAGGCGUUCUAGUGAGGGUUACUAUCAGAGACGGCAUUGGUGAACAGAGCUGCAAAAUACACCUCCCAUCUGUUUCCAGAAAGAGCGGUGAUGCCCCAGUGGUCUGCCAUUUAAAUUUGUCAAGUUGAGCAAGUUUGACGAAAGGUAAGGGCCUUUCAACAACCUCACGGUUGGUCGAUCGGCAGUCACGCAGGUAUGUAGCAAUUUACCUGGUUAAUAUGUCAACCUCUGCAGGUUGCUCUUAUUCUCAGAUCAUGGGUCAGAAUUUUUAUCUGGGAUUGCGGGCGACGAACACAUGUAUUCUGGUAAUUAAGUCUACAUAAUCUUAUUUACCACUUCAAAUCCACUUUUCGCGUAUUAUGGAAUUUUCACGAAAAAUAAGCUGUCUACAUUUUGUAAACCUCGUGAAUUAAAUAAAACAUGCAUAAUAGUUCGCGAAAUCCCAAGUUUUCAAGAAAAUUUUCGAUUUUGACUAAGUUCCGAAAACAACAGAAAAAAAUGUGCUCUCCUCGACUGACAUCGACAGUCUAGUUUUUUUUCUAUUAGGAAACACGUCUAUUUCAGUCAGGACUUAGUGAGGCCGAUCUCAAAGGCGCUGUUUGGUUCUGUUACACUCGGGCCACCAGAUGUCAGCCAAAAACAAACAGGCAGUUAUUCGCUUAAAGAACCUCGAAAAAACACUGUGGGUAUUCUAAGUACACUAUACAUGGAUAGGAGUCCCGUUCUUGUGAAUGAUCAAGACGUAGGCAUUUGGGAUACCAAAUAGUCGGCAAGAUACAUGAACUACAUCUAUCACCCUUGUUGACUAUUAGAUCGUCAAUUGCUAAAGAAAAUGAGUUCUUGCGAUAAGAUAUGUCGAAAUUUAAUUUCUCCUUAGAUAAUGAUGAUUCAAGACAACCUACAGCCAGCAUUCGAUGCUCUGCCAGGGCUUCAAAAGCUGAUGCCGAAAGAAUACGGUGGCUUCAAUAAAACUUUUGAUGAGCUUCACGGUAAGUUUCUUCACACGUAAACUAAUUAAAAUAAAUGACCUUGAAAAACGCUAUGGCCUGACACUGCGUUUACUGGCACGCAGGAUUCAGAAACCAGUCCCAAAGGCUAGGUGCAGUGCUACGAGACGCGGGGACUGCCCUAAGUGUGUUUCAUUUCUGCCCGAUUUAUCGAAGUCAACCGAACAAGCUGCGAAUUUAACGGUAACGAACAAUUUAUUGUAGGCAUUCAUGAGAUUGGUAGGGACGUUCACAGAUCGCGCUACGGGACUCACUUGCUCCGUUGUGCCUUGGGGCUCUCUUUCUCAAGCCCCGCCAGCAGCCGCGCUGCGGCGCGUAACAUAGGCAGAAUAGCAUUAUCGAUAAAGGGCAAGGGGGAUUAGGGGAGGGGGAGCAUUUCUGGCUUAUUAGCCGUCCUCAGCCAGCCAUACCCAAACUACGAGGUGUGGAUGACCGGGAUCUCAAUCCCGCGACCUGCUGGUUAAAAGUCCAACGCCCCUAACCGCUGAAUCACGAGCUCGUUGUCCUGUCGGUCGCUCAGAUUCGUUCUGUCACUGUCUCUGGUGAUGGGUUCGAGCGAGAAUUCGAAGCGUUAGGCGAAUAAAGCUUUUGUUCCGGCGAUCGCUUCUACUUCUUAUCAACUAGCUCCUGGAACUCACAUCUUCGCUUGUAUCGACAGUUCAUAAAUCCAAAAGACGUCUUUAUCCCUAAACAACUCAGUCGCCGACUUUUUUUAUUUCAAAUCGAUUGUCCCAAUAACCUCAAUGUUGGUGGAUAUCCGAACUGUUUAAUAUCCUUUGUCUCCUCAUUUUUGGUGCGCAGUCGGCUAUCGCGUAGUUGUUAUUCGAAUUUUUAAGGAUUCAGUCCGGCUAAUAUUGGGCGUAAACCUUUUCGAUUAUAUUCAAACCGAGGUAAACAUUUUUUUCGCUUGAAACAGCAGUUAUGUUUUUCGUGGAUACCAGUCCCUGCCGUUUUGUUAUUCAAAAUGGUCGACUUGGAAUUAAACCGUCAUUCCAGAUAACUAUGAAAGUUUUUACACAUUCCGGGUGUUUAUAAAUAGUUGGGCCACGUCAGGCCACAUUCACAGCAGAUCCUACAAAGGGAUCUCUGCCAUAUCGAAUGUUCGAAACUUACGUAGGCCGCAUCGGCGUAUUUACUCAUUUUAUCACAUCAGUGCUCCCUCCAAAUCACAGUCCCUUCGCCGCCCGAAUUGAACCAUUCACUUAUGAGCCAGCUGUCCUAGAAUUUCCGUGUGACCUUCUUUAUGGCUUCAACUCACGUUAAGUUGCACUUACUCUUAAGGGAAAAAUACUACCUACAGAUAUAAAAGACAGGGUAAAGAACACGUCAGGCUUAUAUGUUUUCGUAAGUCAGUUAUUCAUAUCCCAAUCGCAAGGGGGGUUGGGGUCUGCGUCAUAGCAGACGCUUCCUGCAUCUCGCGUUUUCGUAUGUGUUUGACCCACAACAUGGUCCCUGUCGUUUCGUUAAAUCCAGACCAGGUCCACUUUGGCCUAUGAUUCCCAAAUAGGGCUGUGCUGCUUAUAUCCGUCUCUAGUAGGUGACACGCAUGUUUAACACACGGUAGACGGAGCGUUGCACACGUCAGCCACAGUGUGUCCGAUGUCACCUCAGUCCGCGUGAUCCAACCACCUCACUGAUGCUGGGGCAUUGUGAAGUGAACGUGAAGUCGACUCUGAGGCACCUCGUAUCGACUACAGUUGUGUCUGUGCCCUGGGCACCGCGGUCGUCAGGUGUAGACGUGGCUGGUAGGAGAAGAGAGAAGACACCAAAAAGAGGGAUUUAUUGUGCACAGCACCCUGAGCCACCGUCUCAGGUGGCAGUAGUCGCGGCCGAGGCCUGGGGGUGUGCUGACGAUGUCAAGUCAAGCCCGAGAGAGAGAGAGAGAGAGAGGGCUAGGCCGCGGUGUCAGCUGCUUUACUAGAUUCGUAGACGCAUGUUCGGGUGCUGUGCAAUUGGUGCGUUGAUGACGGAGACGAGAUGAUGAUGCUUAACGUUCUGUCACUCAAUCGCGGUUCGCGCCCUGUUGAUCGAAAUGAAAGUUAUCCAUAUUCACGUGGGAACGCUGUUAACCAAUCAGGCCGGCCUGCUGACUCCAGCUCCUAGUCACAACGGAACGUCCCCAUUCCCUCCCGCAAUCCAGCCAAAUCAACGAUCACUAUUUUCGUACAAUUCUUCAAGGUGGUUACAGAAUAUUCAGUAUUUCUUCGAAAAAAACCGUGCCAUUUCUGCAUUUUUCGACACAACUUACUUUUAUAUUAUCAAGUGAAUUGGAAAAGUCUGGUGACCGUGUUACACUUUAAAAUGUCACGAGUAUUUUAUCCCUUUCAUCCAAAUGGUGCAAUUCUGAUUUUUUUUAACUCUUUUAGCUGAAAAUCGUCAGGCAAUGAUCGACUUAUUCAAAAAUCGGAGGCGCAUAUCCCUUGCAGUGGAUGAAAGCAAGCGUCCAGAAACUUCCAAAAAUUUAAUGCGUGUCUACGGCGACCUGCCCGCCGAGAGUAUGGGCAGACAAGGGACCUAUGUGAAAUUUGGAGAAGACGACAUCUGA